CGGCUGAGCCCGGUUCCAGCCAAUGGCGGCGGGCUCGUCCCGCCCAGGGAAGGGAUAAAAGGGGCGCGGCGGUUGCGUCAGGCCGAUUGUCUCGCUGCUGCUCCGUGCCCCGCCUCGCCCCGUCCAGCGCUCCCAGCAUGUCCGGCCGCGGGAAACAGGGAGGCAAGGUGCGAGCCAAGGCCAAGUCGCGCUCGUCGCGGGCCGGGCUGCAGUUCCCCGUCGGCCGUGUCCAUCGGCUUCUCCGAAAAGGUAACUACGCGGAGCGGGUGGGUGCUGGAGCUCCCGUCUACAUGGCGGCCGUGCUGGAGUACCUGACGGCCGAGAUCCUGGAGCUGGCGGGCAACGCGGCCCGCGACAACAAGAAGACGCGCAUCAUCCCCCGCCACCUGCAGCUCGCCAUCCGCAACGACGAGGAGCUCAACAAGCUGCUGGGCAAGGUGACGAUCGCGCAGGGCGGCGUGCUGCCCAACAUCCAGGCCGUGCUGCUGCCCAAGAAGACUGAGAGCCACAAAGCUAAAAGCAAAUAAAUGUGGCGAGCAAAGCUACUCAGACUUCGCACGACAUAACAUUUUAAACAAAAGGCUCUUUUCAGAGCCACCCACGUAGUCAGAAAAGAGUUGUGUUGCUUUCUUUACAAAGGUGCUCAGGUGCUGAGUCUUCAGAAGUACCGAAUUUAUCUCUGACGGACUUGUGUUGCGGUAUUUAAAAACUUUGUUUCUACUGAGGAAGACUGAUACGUUUCCUUUCCGAUCUCUGUUUCUAAAUGAAUGUUAAUAUUUUUGUAAUAACAUUGUUUCAUUUCUUCAUUGUAACACUCACUAAAGCGCUGGUACUUCGGGAUUAUGCUCACCUUUCGUGGUUGCACAGCUUCCUCAGGGUGCAGAAUACAGGACGGUGGCUAAAGCACGGGUGGGAGUGGCAAAAGCUUUGCAGCAUGAAUAGACCAUCCUACAGCCCAGAUGCAGCUACAUCUAACAAUGAAUAAAGGAUUUCUUCAUUCCCUUUAAAGGCCUUUUAUUCUUUAAAAGAUGUCAAGUUCCCUUUGUGUUAAAUAUAUAGAAAUAAAAUUUGGAAUGCCCUA